UGGAGAAUAAAAAACCUUCACCUGGCUGUGGUCAUUAAUCCUCCGGUCCGGACUGUGACAGCUCUUUAAACUGUUCCUCUGUCGGCACAUUAACAACAGUUUGGGCCUUUUUAAAAUCAAACAUCAUCAUUAUUAUAAAAUAACCGUCAGACUGUCAGACAAAGUGCCGUUAGCUUCAGUCUCCGGUUCACCGUUUAACCGGUUCCAGCUCGUUAGCCUGUUAGCCUGUUAGCUCGUUAGCCUGUUAGCCUGUUAGCCUGUUAGCCGUCUCCUUUUGUCUCUGCAGCAGGUUAGCUCGCAGGCUUUCACGUCUUCUCUGGAUUAGCUGGUUAUUCCGCUUUUUUGUUUUAAUUUGUUUUAUUUCGCCUGACAGAAGCUCAGCACACCAAGAUAGGCGGCUUGGGAACCAAGAUGUCCAACCGACCUGUGUGCAGAGAAGCAAGUCACGCCGGGAGCUGGUACUCUGCCUCGGGAUCCCAGCUGAACGCUCAACUAGAAGGCUGGCUGUCCAAAGCCGAGUCCUCCAUCAGACCUGCUCGAGCCAUCAUAGCACCGCAUGCCGGGUACACCUACUGUGGCGCUUGUGCAGCACACGCCUACAAGCAGGUCGAUCCCUCUGUUACUCGUAGGGUGUUCAUCCUGGGACCUUCACACCACGUGCCCCUCUCCCGCUGUGCACUGUCGCCCGCAGACGUCUACAGAACGCCUCUCUACGACCUGAGAAUCGACCAGAAGGUUUACUCCGACCUCUGGAAAACCGGGUUGUUCGAGCGGAUGAGCAUCCAGACAGACGAAGACGAGCACAGUAUCGAGAUGCACUUGCCUUACACUGCUAAAGCCAUGGAGAGCCACAAAGACGAGUUCAGCAUCGUCCCCGUGCUGGUGGGCGCCCUGAGCGAGUCCAGGGAACAGGAGUACGGGAAACUGCUCAGCAAGUACCUGGCCGACCCCUCCAACCUUUUCAUCAUCUCCUCCGACUUCUGCCACUGGGGUCAGCGGUUCCGCUACACGUACUACGAUGAGGCUCAGGGGGAGAUCUACAGGUCCAUUGAACAUCUGGAUAGAAUGGGGAUGGGCAUUAUAGAACAGCUGGACCCGAUGUCUUUCACCAACUACUUGAAGAAGUACCGCAACACCAUCUGUGGGCGCCACCCUAUCGGAGUGCUGCUAAAUGCCGUGGCCGAGCUGAGGAAGUCGGGAUUAGAAAUGAACUUCUCGUUCCUGAACUACGCCCAGUCGAGUGAGUGCAGGAACUGGCAGGACAGCUCUGUGAGCUACGCUGCCGGGGCGCUCAUCGUCCAUUGAGGUCGACCGUCGCAGGGGGGCAAAGCAAUGCCGCGGCCCUGCCCUUACUAUCUCUCGCCAUAACACCCCCUUCCCCCUCUCUCUCUCUCUCUUAGCCCCGCCCACUUCCCUGUUACACCCACUUUUUGCAGGAAGGACCUAGACACUCAAAGCCAGUAGUCUCUCUCUCUCUCUCUGUCUCUCUCUCUCUCUCUGUCUCUCUCUCUCUCUCUCUGUCUCUCUCUCUCUCUGUCU